AUGGACACGACUACCGUGCCGACGCACAUCGCGAAGGUGAAUGUGACGACGCCCAGUACCGCGGAUGCGAGUCAGAAGCGGCGGAAGCAGCCGGCAAACUUUGUGUGUCCCGUCCCUGGAUGUGGAAGCACGUUCACGCGUCACUUCAACUUGAAGGGGCAUCUGCGGUCUCACGCGGAAGAGAAACCAUUCCAGUGCAAGUGGCCCGGGUGUGGCAAAGGCUUCGCCCGACAACACGAUUGUAAGCGGCACGAGCAGUUGCACCUCAAUAUCCGCCCGUAUCCUUGCGAGGGAUGCAAGAAGAACUUUGCUCGCAUGGACGCGCUUAAUCGGCACUUACGGUCCGAAGGCGGCGCAGAAUGUCGGAAGAUACAGGAUGAAGUCACUGUACCCCUCCCCGAGGGCAUGGAGAUGAAGGUCCCCGAUGCCUCGCCCAACAUGAAGCCCGACCCGGACGGCCCCUGGCAGGGCACCGGUGGUGGGUAUGUCAUGUAG